GCGCGCUACGCGCUUUUUUUUUAUCGCCGUUUCAUCCAUUGCACAAUACUCCUGCCCCUCCCCGGCCCGAUUCAGAAGCAGCAGCGGAAAUCUUUCAUCAAUCCCACUGAUCGAAAUGAAGGUUUUCUCCUCGACUUGUACUUUCGAUUACUCUUGGGAGGAGGUAUCAGCGGCGAACUGGCGCAAGUACUGCCCGUGGAAUGACAAGUCCACACAUGUUGUGGCUGUAGAUACAUUAUCCCGGUCUGUCGACUCAGAAACUGGUAUCUUGCGCACAGAGCGUCUUAUCACAUGUGAUCAAUCAGUACCGCAAUGGGUUCUUUCUCUUUUCGGAGGAAGCGCUACUUCGCAUGUUUACGAGAUUUCCUACGUUGAUCCGAAAUCGAAGAAAGUUAUAAUGUGCUCGACCAACCUCACAUGGUCCAAUGUUCUGAAUGUUCAAGAGACUGUCACCUAUCAACCAUCCUCAGCGAAGCCGACUUGUACCACGAAUUUCAACCAGGAAGCAAAGAUCACUGCACUCUGCGGCGGGUGGCAAAAGAUCAAGAAUAAGGUAGAAGAGGCAAGUGUGGAGAGAUUCAGUCAAAACGCCAAAAGGGGUCGAGAAGGGUUUGAGGCCGUUCUUGAAAUGAGCCGACGGGUAUUCGGUGAACAACGUGAGCGUGAGAACGACAAACUUCAGUCAUGACUUGUCCAGUGUUCUAUAUCCAUGCAAGUCUGGAAUUCAGCACUAUAAAAUGGGGCAAUUGCAUAUACCGGCGUCAUUUCUGAUUGUUUCCAAGCGUAGGGUGCAAUUUGGCGUUCUUAGUCGUGUUCUGUUUCUUAUGAUUCCUCUUUUUUCCCUUGUUGGCGGCAUGGCUUGAUUUGGCUUGUUCAAUACUUAUCGAUUGUUUGACUAGCGAUGACUGACUGUAUGGUUAUAACGCACUG